AUGGAUGAAACACACAGUUUAAUCCUUGCAAAUCAUUCAAUGUUUGGGUCCAUUCUUUCAAAAUCAGUAAAUUUCCUUUCUCUGCUCCUCCUCCUCUUCUUCUUUCACUACUCCUCCUCCUCUUUUUUGAUCAUCCUCUUUUUCUUACUCCUCCUGCUUUCUUUACUCCUCCUCUUCCUCUUCUUUCUUUGCUCCUCCUUCUCCUCUUCUUUCUUUGCUCCUCCUUCUCCUCUUCUUUCUCUGCCCCUUCUCCCCUUCUUUCUCUGCUUUUCCUCUUCUUUUUCUCUGCUCCUGUUCCUUUCUCUGCUUCUCCUCCAUAUCUUCUCUACUCCCCCGAUUCUUCUUUCUUUGCUCCUCCUCCUCCUCCUCUUCUUUCUCUUCUCCCCUCUUCUUUCCUCUUUCUCUGCUCCUCUUCCUCUUUCUAUGCUCCUUCCUAUCUUCUAUCUCUCGUUCUCCAGUUCCUCUUCUUUCUCUGCUUCUAUUCUUUCUCUCCUCCUCUUCUUCUUUCUCUCCUCCUCCUCCUCUUUUCCUGCUUCUCCUAUUCUUCUUCUUUCUCUGCUUCCCACCUCUCCUUUCUUCUUUUGCCACUCUUUCUUCUUCCAAUAUGAUUAG